AUGGCAGGUCUAAAACCCAAACAAAGACCUGGCGAAGGGGCACAAGAAAGAACGUCUUCCAAGAUACUUGGCUCUUGGUUUGCAGUGAUUCUGAGUUCACUGUGCGGUAUUGCACUUGCAUUCCAUUUCCAUUACAAGGUACCAUUACCCGCUAAUCAUCAUGGUUUCAAUACGGAUGGUGUUUCCGAUUUCUCUGAACAUAAUGCAAUGAAUAUCAUCUCUCAUCUCAGUGAUACCAUUGGCUAUAGAAUUGUGGGUACAUUGGAAGAGAAACAAUCCUAUGAUUAUAUUGAGCAUGCCAUUACACAAUACAAAAAGGAGUCUCAGGGCAUCAUUGGAUCUCCCAAGUUUGAUAUUUGGGUACAGCAGGGCACCAGUUCGCAUCGUUUUGAUAUCAUGGAUAAGAUGGUUUUAAAGGCAUACACCAAUGUGACAAACAUCAUUGUUCGUUUGUCUUGCCCAAUUGACCCUCAUGAUCCCAGCAACAGGGCUUGUGAAGAUAACGCUGUGCUUCUAAAUGCCCAUUUUGAUACUACAUUGGGUUCUCCCGGUGCAACAGAUGAUGGCUCAGGUGUCGCUGUGAUGAUGGAUAUCAUUCGUGUAUUGAGUAGACGUAACUGGGAAGGAUAUAAGAACUCAAUCGUAUUUUUGUUCAAUGGCGCUGAAGAGUCAUUGCAAGAUGCUUCUCAUGCUUUUAUUACUAUGCACGAUAUCAAGGACUCCAUCCGCUCUGUAGUCAACAUUGAUGCUUGUGGCACUUCAGGCCGUGAAAUCCUGUUCCAAGCCAACUCUCGUGAAAUGGUAGAAGCCUACAAACAAGCACCUUAUCCUCACGGCACGGUGAUGGCCAACGAUGUGUUCCGCACAGGCCUUAUUCUAUCCGACACUGAUUUCAGACAAUUUGUGCAGUACGGCAACCUCACUGGCAUUGAUAUGGCCAUUUACAAAAACUCGUACCUGUAUCACACCCAUUUGGAUAUUGCGGAGCAGUUGCAGCCUGGUGCUAUUCAACAUUUGGGCGCUAAUACCUUGGCGAUUGUCAAUUAUCUGGCUCAGAAUGCAACACUGACUGGUAUCCAGCCUUCCAGUGAAGUGGUGUUUUUCGAUGUGCAAGGCUUGUUCUUUGUCGUGUAUUCAUGGGCAACUGCUUAUAGGAUCCAAAUGGCUACUGUUGUCUUGGCUGCUGCUUAUUUCGCUUUCAUUGUGACCAAGACGCAUCGCUCUUCUCCUUAUCGAUCUGUCAGCAACAUUUGUAUCUCGUAUGCCAAGUCCACUGUGUCAGUGUUUUUGAGUAUGGUCAGCUCCAUGGUGUUGCCCAUCUCUGUCGCCUUGUUGAUCAUUUCACCCGUAUUCAACCGUCAUAUGGCUUGGUUCAAGAAUGAGUGGUAUGGUGCGUUGAUCUUUAGUCCUAUGGGUCUUGUGGGCUCCUACGGUGUCCAAUAUCUGUUUACCUUGCUGCCUGGACCUGAGCACUUUGACAUGGAGUAUGGUACCUUCAACUCAUUGAUGCUCUGCUUUGCUGUAGGUACCGCUGUUACCACACAGACCGGUGUCGCUAGCUCGUAUGUCUUUUGGCUAUUCUGCUCCAUCUUGUUUGUCGUCUGCAUCUUGAACGAAUUCGUGUUGCGUCCUGCUGCCUCCAAGAUCUACUUGCCUCAAGUCGGUACCUUGGCCUACAUUGUCAGUGGAUUUGUGCUAAGCUUGUUGUACGCUGACUAUGCUUAUGCCUUGGUGGAUAUAUUUGUGCCUUUGACAGGCCGCAUGGGUGUGGAUACCCCUGUGGAUUUGAUUGUUGCCGUGAUUUAUGGUAUGAUCGUUUACAUGGUGUCUUUGCCUAGUGUGGCACACAUUCAUCGCUUUGGAAACAAGGUCAUGAAGAAGGUCAUUGUGCUAUUGUUGUUGGGUCAAACAGCAGUGUUAGCAGCUGUUUACAUAAGUGGAGGUCAAUAUGGAGGCUGGGCUUUCCCUUAUGAUGAGCUUCAUCCCAAGCGUUUGUUUAUUCAACAGCUCAAGAAUCUGACAUCGGGGGAAAUCACAGUGGGUGUUGCUCAAGCAGACCAUGGACCUUAUAUCCAGACUGUCAUUGAUUCAUUAGAGCACGAGUUGCAAGUAACUCCCGAGGUGCGUGCAGGUGCCAGCAACAUGAAUGACUGGGACUCCAUCUAUCCUUUCAGUGCCUUUUUAGGUGGCUAUCGUUUCAAUGUCGAGCCCUACAUUCGCCAACAUGCUACACAAGAGCUGUCUUCUGCAUCUCUGUUUGAUUCGCUGAACGGCCCCUUCCCUGAAGUCAAGAUCUACAACGAUUCCUAUGACGCUGAUACCGGCGUCCGUUCAUUCUCUCUGUUGUGCCUAUCACCCACUUACACAUGGACAGUCAUUGCAUUUGACGGUCUUGUGGUCGACUGGAGCAUCCAAGACGAGGAACCUCUCAAGAUACCCUCUCAUUAUGUUGUGCGUCAUGUCAGUGGUUUUGGCAACGAUGGUUGGACGUUGGAUCUGUCUAUCAGAGUACCUGAGGCGGAUCGUGAACAAGCUGCCCGUGGUGAAUGGAAGAUGCAAUUUGAGUUUACUGCUUUAGAAAAGGAGGGAUUUGCUGCUAGAGGAGAAGAGAGAUCCAUUGGUGGUGUAGGUAUCAUGGGCGUUGUGCAAAAAUCACUGCCCAUCUGGACCACUACGACGUGGUUGAGUUCUGUAGUCAAGAUUUGGGAAUUGUAA